CCGCAAUCCCACCCCACCGUCGGCUUCGCUCUCGAUUCUUUUAUCAUCUUUCCUCCUUCCCAUUAUACAGGUAUCCUGCCUGCUUCUGUAGUUCCGUGCUUAGGCCUCGGGUUCCUUGCCUCUACCUUUGGCUCUCCAUCGGUCGCUCCUGGUACCUUACACAACAUUUGUGGUUGAAAGCCUGAAACAUCUCGAGUGUUUUUUUUUUGCCCCAGUCAAUGGACUCAGAUGCUGAAGACACAAAAUCUCAAGUUGAAAAUACAGAGCAUCCACUGGGUUUGGAGCCACUAACAAAAAAGGCAAAGAAGAAGAAGAAGGAGCGCCCGCCGGUUCAGGCGAAGGUACAAGUCGUCAAUGAUCGCCCAGAAAGAAUCCCUCCUAUUGUCGGUUAUUUUCCUUCUGGGUUCGAUCCUCAGAAGAAUUUAGACGAUGAUUCCGAAUCUGGGAUGGGUUCUACGAAUAUUAAGAUCUAUCGAAACAAGAAAAUGCCCAAGAGGUUGCAGCUUGUGGUGAGCUCUAAUGGGUCGCCGGUGGAUUUUGUUGGCACGAGUUAUUCUGGCGAGGCUACCGCUGGACAGAAGUGCAUGUAUGCACUUGGAGUUUUUGAUAAAGAAACCCAUACCCUGAAGGUUGUGCCCAUUGCUGCCAACAAGAUAUUCAGAUUGGAUCCUAGAGUGAGGGGCUUAGAAUAUUCUGCUAAAGAACCUGAAAACUCAACUGUGGUAGAGCUGACAGCAGAGGAAAGGGCAGAGAAAGCUAGAGAGGCUACUAUUUUAUGGGGAACAAAGUCGUCUAUAAAAAAGGCUAAAAAGAUACAAGCUCUUAGACAAGAAGGUGAUCCUGACUCUAAAAAGGAGUUGGAUGUGAAAAUGAAAACUGUUGUUGUUAACAAGCAAGCUCUUGAAAGUACUGAGGCGCAUGUUUCCCGGAAUAUUCCCCCACAUGAUGUUUCUGCCACAACACCUGAGCGGGCAUAUCCUUUGGAACAGAUUAUACCUAAUGUAGAGUGGGAUUACCUUCAAGAUAUUUACAAUCUUCUGCAACAGGAUGGAGCAGACUUCGAAGGUUACCCAACAUUUAUCCGCAACAGGGUAGACAGAUUAAAGAAGAUUCAGGAUGAGUCAGAAAAGAGGAAGGUCUGUUGCAUACUUUCAUAUAUCAAUCAUCUCAUGAAGUUUAAAGAACAGCACACUGCUGAUCGUUCAUCUGCAAGGGCCCACAAAAUCCCAAGCAUUUUGCAUCACAAGUUUUCAGCAAUGUUUGCUGUCCCUGAAUCAAAGUGGCUGCCUACAGAGAAGAUUAAUCUUCUCACCAGUUAUAUCUUGGUGCUCACUCUAUUCUCCGAUCGGUUCCGAACAAGCUGCACAGAUAUUGCAAAGGACCUGAAGAUGACCUUCCUGCGUGUUAGACAACAAUAUGAGAGCCUGGGUUGCAAGAUGAUGCGUGAGGGUAAAGUAUAUUAUGCCACACUUCCGGUCCCUCUGCAAUUUCCUGAGUUGAGGCAGAAGUUUAAGCGAAAAAGAACUUAGGCAGAUCGAUUCUUAGGUCCUUGUUAUUGUCAUCUUUUUGUUCGUCAUGGUGCGUUGGUUUUGCCAGUUUUUGUCACCCAACUCUGCUGAGGAUUCUAGUGGCGUUCUUGGUUGAAAUGUUAUUGUAUGGAUUAUAUGACUUUUUUCCAAAAGCAAAUUAAUUGUGACAGAGAUAUUAUUUUUAAUGGAA